UGAAUUAUUAAUAGCUUCAGAACGUGGCAUUUUAUUAUGAUCAAUUCGAUCUGGCCCACACCUCAUUCAUUUGGGGUGGGCGUUUUCUGAUCCUUUUUCGCAACGAUAAUUCAAAUGAAAGCCCCGCGUUUAAAACGGAUCAUGGAUAAAACGAACAACAAUUUUUAAAACAUCUACUUGAUGAAUUAACACUUAUUCAUCUCAGUGUUGGCUCGAAACAGCUUGGUGUCGUCAUGUCAUGUCAGUGACUGCAGGCUUCCAGUUGUGUUUUUUUUUUCUCCACGUGCUGACAAAGAUAGUGCAGCGGUCAAAGAUCGGUUUCGAGAAAAGGGGCACUUUUGUCAUGUUUAGUCCAAAGUGCAGGCGGACAGAGCAGAGGCUAUUGCGUCUGGUACAGGAGGCGGCUGGGAAUGAGCUGUACAGUAUGUAUUCUGAAUAAAGGUCUGCUCGAAAGAGUGUCUCCCUGGGCUGUACCGCACGUGUUGGGCUCAGUCUGCUCAGAGCAGCAGGGCAAGAGGUCCGUCACUGUCCUGCUUCAGCCCCUCCAGAGGGGGCGCCAUGCCGAGGCCCAGGAGGCGGGCAAUGCUGCUGUGUAUCUGUGUGCUGGCAGUGGUCACCAUCGGGCUCGGCCUCAUCCAGAGUGUCCUGCUGGACAGAAGAGCUGAGAAGCCCUGGAGUCACACCGGCGAGCACCUGGCCUCUGCUCUGAACCUCCCCACGCAGGCAGCAGUGCUGAAGCCCCUGAGAAAACUCCCUGGGAGAAAUGACCAGGACAGGUGGCUGGAAGAGCCAGUCAGUCAGUCCAAGCAGCACAGAGCUGCCCAGCACCUGUUCCAGAACGGGGAGCUGGCGUGGAGCUCUUACAAGUGCUUGACCUCAGGAAGCUUCUCCCCCGAGGACAUGCAGCGGUUGAUUCGUUCUCCGAGACAGGCGGACCGGCUGAGCCCCCGAGACAGGGAGAUCCUGACCCUCCUGAGGAAGGGCUCGGUCCGCAAGGUGGACCAGCUGGACCUGCGGGGCAAGCGAGCCCGGCUGGUCUUGUCCCUGGACACCUCCCGGCCCGUGCAGGCGGGGAGGGACUACUGCGGCGAGGGCGGCUGCGCGCUGGUGAGGGAGGCGGCGGGGCUGGGCGAGGUGCUGAGCUUCCACCUGGACCGGGUCCUGGGGCUGGGGCUGGCCCCGCCCGCCGCCGCCCGCGCCCUCUCCACCUGGCUCCUGCCUUUCCGCUACACCGACGGGCCCCCGCGGGCGCUGAGCUGGUGGGACCCCCGCGCAGGCCGGGACUGUGAGAGGGGGCCGCCCUGCGAGGGAGGACAGAGCAAAGGGCGCCGCGAAGCCCAGCACCUCCUGAGCUACUUGCUUCAGGGAGCAGGUGGAAAGAACGCAACUUCCGAUGGACGAGAGGAACUUGACCCGCAGCUGAUCGAAGAAGUUGGCCGGCUUCCGGAGAGAGCCCGCACUGCCCUGUCGUCGCAAUGCGUGUCCGAGAGGUGGGCCACCUCCCUCCACAGUGACCAGACUCUCUGGGAGACCCUCAGCGGGCCGCCCUUGCGGGAGCUCAUGCGCCACGUUCAGACCAGGGCCAACGAUCUGGUCCGAGCAGCCCGAGAUGGAGGGAUGCCUUUUGUCCCCCAAAAUGUGAAGCACUAACAAAGGUCCAGGUUUUUUGUGUUAAUUUUUUCCAAUUUGGUUUUGCCAGGUGGCUUUAUGGCCACCUGUCUGUUUGUCAGAGCGGUUGGACGCUCAGUGUCUCGCAGGACAGUUGGCACCUGUAGGCACAGUACAGUGUGUUUCUCCCUGAUGACUCCAAGUGCUUGAACUUCAUUGCAGCUUCAAGAGCUAAGUCAUUCCCAAUCCCACAGUGCUCAGCCAGCGUGGCUCUGUGGUGUUCAGGAUCACUUGUACAGCAGUCACCAUUUGCCCAAACAUGGACCUGACUGCUCAGGGCCAACGAAGGAGGUCUCCAUCGCUCUCCAGAACAGGCCCUGUGAGAUAUGGCCCAGAAUCGCAGCAGAACAAAACGUUCUUAUGAAAAUCAUGCGAAAUGUCAGCUUCCUUUUCAAAUGAAUAUUUAACGUUUUGACUUCAAUGUUCUGUGUUUUUAUUUAUGACACAGCCUGCUCUGGCUGUUGCAUCAUCACAAAACCCAAGCAGAAUAGAAGGACUUCAGCGGGUUUAAAUUUCAUUCCAGUUCGAAAGUCCGUGGGGCAGCAGUUUUGCAUCACAGUGGUUCAAUCAAGAUAGCAGCGUCUCUUGUAUUAUCACAAUGGACUGUGUGGAUCAGUGUCUCCAGUAAAGGAGUAGUUCACCUGAAUCUCAUCAAGAGCUGCAUGAACAAAGAGGACUAACAUACAGCUCAACCAUGCAGGAACAAAUCCUCCUCCCACAGAUAUGGAUGAGGACCGACACAGUAAUCCUGCACAUUUACAGCUCUCCUUUUGGCCUCUUUGAUUUAAAAUCUUUAGAUGUCUCUCAUAUGAUCCUCAUUGCUCUGUCUGUAGACAUGGUCUUUAUGAUUUCAAUGAGUGGAUAUUAUAUUGUAUAUAUUAAAGAGUCAGUAGAGCUCAGAAUUUCCAGUUCCCUGAUAUGUUCAGUUAGUAAACCCCUGUAUAAAAUAUUCUUUAAACACAUUUAUUAUUGUAUUUAAAUCUUUUAGUAUUGGUGUUUUUGAUCUCUUAUUUAAAUUGAGCUUACUGUUCAGCUCAUCAUUUUUGUUGUUCUGAAUUUUCUCUUCCUGAAUACUUUUUUCUUUCCUGCUAAAGUGUCCUCUUCCUUUGAACAUUAAUCACUUAAAGCAUGGCCCCUGUUUUAAGAGUAGAAGUACCUCCAGUAUGUCCUCACAUCCAUAAGGGUUUAACUAGGAUUUCUAGUCACAUUUCAUUUCAACCACACUUUUACCAAUGACCCAUGCUUCAUUGUUAAAUUUGUUUCGUAUCUGUUUUGUCAUAUUUACACUUGUGUCCCACUUCAAUUAUUUGCAUUGUCUGGGAUGACUCUCAGUUUUGCAUCCUGACAAAACCUCAAAUUCAACUUCAAAUACCUGUAUUGUUGUCUUGUCGGGAAAGAAGAGGGAAAUGGGUGAACUGAAACGUCCAGUAAAUCUAAGACCUGGAAAUAGUUUGUCAGCAUUCAUGUCGUUGAUAUAAAACAGAAAGAACGGUUAAGCCUUUUAACUAUGGGGAUGUGAGCCACUUUUUUACACAAUGGUCUAACGCUGUGAAAAUGUCAACUAAAUGUUGAAGUGGAGUCUUUGGGAUUUUGUGGUAAAUGCCUGGCUCAGAUUUCUGCAAUAGCAGCUUCAGAUUAAACACGCAGGGCAGACCAGUGGCCUCCUCUGUCUGGUCAGCUGCAUCACGGACGUGCGGUCCUGCAGGAGCUGCCUGUGCCGUCUCCUGCCUCUCUGCUGACUCAGCAGCCCUCAUCGCCAUGUGUGAAGCAUGUGUCCUUCAUACUUCCCUGCAGCCCUGGAGCUCAUCGCCCUCAGCGGUCCCAGCCUCCAGAGCAGCCAGCGUCAGCUCAUCGCUUGCUCGCCCUACGGCUGUGGCUGAUCCCAUAAAUUCUGACGGCAGCACUUUCUGUGCUUUUGUACCGCACACAUGAAAUGUGUUUGACAAGGACCAUUAUUUUCUGUCACUCCCUCAUCCCUACUUACAUAAGGUGUUGUAAAACUGAAGUCCUGACUCUCUGUCGUCAUUAAAAAUCCCAAGAUGUUCCUUUGAAAAGAGUAGGCCUGUUACCCCGGCGUCCUGGCCAAAUUUCCCCCUGGCCUUUACCUGUCAUG